UUAAGCAAACACACAGUCGUCACUAAGCAAAGCAAAGCAAAAAAAGAGAAGGGAAAAAAAUGGCUGUGCAAUUCAAUCCCAUGGCUUCUCAAACUAAGAAACUCCCUUCAUAUGCUCUUCCACCCAUGGCAAGUCUUAGAUCCCCCAAGGUUUCUAUGGUCUCCACUCUUCCACCUCGCUCCAAAGGGGUUGAAGAUCUGAAACGGCCUUUCAUGGCUCCAAAGCUGGUACACCAGUCUUCCCACACCAUGCCACCUGAGAAGAUUGAGAUCUUUAAAUCUUUGGAUGAUUGGGCUAGGGAUAACAUUCUGAUUCAUCUUAAACAAGUUGAUAAAUGUUGGCAACCCAAGGAUUUUCUUCCCGAUCCUUCGUCCGAUGGAUUUGAAGAUCAAGUUAGAGAACUUAGAGAACGGGCAAAGGAGAUUCCGGAUGAGUACUUUGUCGUGUUGGUUGGUGAUAUGAUCACGGAGGAAGCCCUUCCAACUUACCAAACUAUGCUUAAUACCUUGGAUGGAACUCGUGAUGAAACUGGUGCUAGCCCUACUUCUUGGGCAACUUGGACGAGGGCCUGGACUGCCGAAGAAAACAGACACACUGAUGUACUUAAUAAGUAUCUCUACUUGUGUGGGAGAGUGGACAUGAGGCAAGUUGAGAAGACCAUCCAGUAUUUGAUCGGUUCAGGAAUGGAUCCGGGUACGGAGAAUAGUCCUUAUCUGGGAUUCAUCUACACAACAUUCCAAGAAAGGGCAACUUUUAUCUCACAUGGGAAUACAGCUAGGUUAGCCAAGGUGCAUGGUGACAUGAAUUUGGCUCAGUUAUGUGGUUCAAUUGCGGCAGAUGAAAAGCGCCACGAGACAGCAUACACUAAAAUCCUUGAAAAGCUCUUUGAGAUCGAUCCUGAUGGGUCAGUCUUGGCAUUUGCUGACAUGAUGAGGAAGAAAAUCUCCAUGCCAGCCCACUUGAUGUAUGAUGGCAGCGAUGAAAACCUUUUCUACCACUACUCGUCUGUCGCACAAAGAAUUGGGGUUUACACUGCCCGGGACUAUGCUGAUAUAGUUGAAUAUCUGGUUGACCGAUGGAAGUUGAAGGAACUCAUUGGACUUUCACCCGAGGGCCGUGAAGCUCAGGAAUUUGUGUGUGGACUUGCACCGAGAAUUAGAAAGCUAGAGGAGAGAGCUCAAUUGAGGGCCAAGGAAUCACCCAGUGUUCCAUUCAGUUGGGUUUCUGGUAGAGAAGUGAAGCUCUAAAUUGGCUAUCCUCCAAGUGACUUGUAAUACAAGAAAGAAACAACUGGGCUUAGGGAGGAGCAUGAUGAAAACUGCAACUCUGUGUUUAGCUGGAAUGCAAUAAGUGGAGGAAGUGUGUGUGUGCUGUUUCGUUGUUACUUUUCUUAAAACAAGUAAUUUCAACAUCUUCCUCCUAUUUGAUGAAAUGAUAAACGAUAUCUAUAGCAAUGAAACUAAAUAAAAACCUUAAAAAAUACUAUUGCCAUCAUGGUUAAGCGAAGAUGCCAAGAUUGACCAACAAAUGUAAGUUGCAUUAUACUCAAAAAGAUAGUUCAAGUUCAAACCUUUACCAGAAAAAAAAAAAAAAAAGGAAAUGCCAGGAUUACAUAUGUUUAUCAAA